AUGAAGGACUGUCUCACCCUCCUGUUCUGCGCCAACGCCAGUGGAGACCUUAAGAUCAAGCCCCUGCUCAUCUACCAUUCAGAGAACCCACGGGCCUUCAAGAAACACAAGGUGAACAAAGAGCAGUUGAGCAUUUUAUGCAGGCUAACCCAAAGUCACAUGCCUCUUGUUUGUGAAGUGGGUCAAAGUGUUUUUUGGUCCUGUUGUCAAGCAGUACCUUGUGGACAAUACCCUGCCGUCAAGGCCAAGCUGCUCAUGGACAAUGCUCCUGCUCAUCCCCUAGGCCUCGAGGAAGACUUGCUGGAGGACUUUAACUUCAUCAAGGUCAUGUUCCUUCCACCUAACACCACCCCACUACACCAGCCAAUGGACCAGCAGGUCAUCUCCAAUUUUAAAAAACUCUACAAAAGGGAGCUUUUCCGGCGAUGCUUUGAGAUGACUGAUCAAGCCUCACCCUCCAUGAAUUUUUCAGAGAGCAUUUUGACAUUGUGA